AAAGGGAGAGUCUUAUUAUUCCUGAUAGACGAAGAGAGAGAGAGAGAGAGAGAGGGGCGGUAAUAGCGGCUGACGGGUACGCUUUGGGUUCCGGGAGAUAACGUUCCAAAGCUCAAAGCUUUCUGCAUAAUCUCGAUUUUCUCGUUUCGUAACGCAAUUUAGGGUUAGGGUUUCUUGAUUCUUUUAGUUCGGAUUUGCGGCUCACUGGACGCUUAUUCUGGAGCCAUGGCUUCGUCUACUAUGGUGAUCAAGGUCAAAUAUGGGGAUACACUGAGGCGUUUCAAUGCUCGUGUUGAUGAGAAUGAUCAACUGGAUCUUGACAUGGGUGGACUGCGGUUCAAAAUAUAUAGUCUUUUCAAUUUUCAGCUUGAUGCUGACAUCACUAUGACCUAUGUUGACGAAGAUGGUGAUAUAGUGACUCUGGUUGAUGAUGAGGAUUUGCGUGAUGCUAUGAAGCAGAAUAUGAAGUUCUUGAGGAUUGAUGUACAUGAUAAAACUGACAAAUCUGAGAAAUCUUAUGCCAAAUCAAGUGGAAGUUCUACCCCUGUAAGAUAUCCCUUGCCAGAUAUCACACCUGAGCCUAUCCGUGAACUAAUCUCCAGGGUUCCUCGAGACUUGACUCCAAAUGCCCUUGGUCCAGGGUUUGCGGAUCUCGUUGACUGCUUUUCGAAGAUGGGAAUGUCCUAUUUACUUCAGGCUGGUGGAGUUUCAGGCGUCAAGAAUGAUUCCUCUGAGAAACCCUUAGCUCCAUCUGCCAAUGAUAUGAAGGACGAUGGUAAGUCAGAAACCAUCUUAAAGUCUACCACUGAGGAAUCUAGCUCUAAAAACAGUCGGGCAAAGGAUGCUGUAAAUGUGACCAAGGAUGUGGGAAUGUCGAAUCCACCUCAGAAUGCUCCAGUUGAUCUCAAUGUUCUUCCUGCUGAUUCUAAUCCAUCUGGACCCACACCCAUCAAUGUUACACCAGUUGGAGCAAGUCUUCAUACUGCUGAGGAGAGGAAGGAGUCAGAGAAGGGAACCAGUGGUCAGGUCAAGGGCAAGUCUCUUGGUUGUGGUGGAUCUACAAGUUCUGCUAUCCCUGCAUUGAAUGUUAAUGACAUGAGCAAUAAUCAUUUCAAUCAAUGUCCAUUUUCAGAGACUCCUAUUGUGAAUGACUCGGCUCCUGUUGCAUAUCGUCGUCUUCAUCCUUUUAAAAGGAAUCAUUCUGAAGCAAUGGGUGGUAUGUUCCACACUGGUGUUCGCUGUGAUGGAUGUGGUUGUCAUCCAAUAAUUGGACCCCGGUUCAAGUCCAUAGUGAAAGCAGAUUAUGACCUCUGCCGUAUCUGUUUCUCGAGUAUUGUUAAUGUGGCUGAGUACAUUAGAAUUGACCACCCUUUGUCUUAUCGCCAUCCACGUCCUUUCAAGGGGAUGCAUGAACAACCUCCAUGGCUGGGUCCUUCAGCAUUGCCAAAGAUACUGAGAAAUUGUGGCGCGAAGCCUGGGCGACCUAAGCUUGACAGCCGCUUUGUUUUGGAUGUCAACGUAAUGGAUGGUACCUUAAUGGCCCCAUCUACUCCAUUUACCAAGAUUUGGCGGAUGCGCAACAAUGGGGGUUUGAUCUGGCCUAAAGGAACACAACUCAUGUGGAUUGGUGGAGACAGGUUUAGCAAAUCAGAUUCAGUUGAGAUAGAGAUUCCUGCGCAUGGUGUAUUGGCUGAAAAUGAACUUGAUAUUGCUGUUGAUUUUACUGCACCUGAGUCACCUGGACGGUACAUCUCAUAUUGGAGGAUGGCUUCUCCAUCUGGUCAGAAGUUUGGGCAACGUGUUUGGGUUCUGAUUCAGGUGGAUACUUCCCUCAAGGAUUCAUUCUUUGAGAGCUUUCAAGGUUUGAACCUGAACCUGCCCCCUGAAAACGUGGUUAACUUUCCUGAGCAAAUGAACUUUCCUCAGCAACAUGUGGGCAGUGACUUUGUCCAGCCUUCUAGCUCUAACUCAGUGAAGGAACCAGCAAUUCCCAUUCCUGUCAAGCAGCCUGAAAAUGAGCAGGAUCUCAACUUCCCUAUAAAUGAUAGCUUGCUGGUUGGCCACAGUAUUCCUGCCCCUACUGCCCCUACUGCCCCGGUGGCUUCUGCAACUGUGUCAUACCCCACUGUCGACCAGAGUGCUCCAGUCCCUACUGCACAAGUUGCCUCUUCAACUGUGACAUACCCCACUGUUGAUAUAUUUGAACCAGCCCCGCCCUCCCCCAGAUCUUCCCCUGUUGUCACUCUACCAACAUCAUCUGAAGGGACCAGCUCAGAAAAUCCUGUGGAGGACACCCUCCUUAAGGAGCUUGAGGACAUGGGAUUUAAGCAGGCGAAUUUGAACAAGGAAAUUCUGCGCAGGAAUGAGUACAACCUGGAGCAAUCUGUGGAUGAUCUCUGUGAGGUUGCUGAAUGGGAUCCUAUUCUUGAAGAGCUGCAGGAAAUGGGCUUCAGUGAUACAGAGAUGAACAAGAAGCUGCUUGCGAAGAACAAUGGAAGCAUCAAGCGUGUAGUCAUGGAUCUUAUCAAUGGGGACAAGCUGUAGACAAGACGGCGAUUACUAAACCUUAGUAUUAUAUAUAAAUAGUACUUAUCAGAAAUAAAUGGACUGGCAUUAGCCAUGCAAUAUGAUGCUUAUUUUGCUUUUGGCUUGUAAUUAAGUUAUAUUUGUACUGGUGUGGAUAUCUAAUCUAAGCUAUGGAAUUUUAAUAUGUAAA